AUGAAGGCAAUUCAGGAAAAUCAACAAACAACAUGUAGCAUUUAUGUUCGUCAAUUUGAUCGUGAAGAAAAUUCUUUCAUGGUAGAUGAAAUGGCACCACCUCAGUACGGUGGUAUAGCUGGCAGCUACCGCAUUGAUUUAAGAAAACAAUGGUGUUACUGCGGUGAGUUUCAAACAUUUCAUUUUCCUUGUCGCCAUGUUCUUGCAGCGUGUGCAUACAUUCAUCUACAUUGGCAGGCAUACGUAGAUAAUGUUUAUAGGCUUGCGACAAUUUUUAAUGUAUAUCAUAAAGAGUUUCAAACAAUGUCAAACGAGAGAUACUGGAACCCCUAUAAUGGUCCACGUCUCUGUGCUGAUCUUACAAUGCGAAGACCACUUUCAGGGCGCCCAAAAUCCACCAGAAUUCGUAAUGAGAUGGACAUAAGGGAGGGCGGCCAGCCAAAGCGUUGUGGUCUAUGUCGUAAUGCAGGUUAUAGUCAUCGAAAUUGUCCGAAUGCAGCUGGUCCAAGUCAUAAUAUAAUUUAA